CCUAGCAAAAUCAAGUGCGCAACCUCUGCUUUGCGUCGCUUUUCGCCGGUUGCGCUGCUGCUGCUGCUGCUGCUACUUCGUUUCUCAUUUCGCAGGUAAUCAUGAUGAACAUAAAGACUCCGAAGAAAGGAAGAAUCAGGCGAGAGCUCGAGAAGCGCGCUCCGAAGCUGGUCGAAACUGGGAAGAAGACGCUGAUAUUGCAAGGCACGAAGACUAGCGGGUUGCUGAACUCCGUGUUGACCGAAAUCUAUCACCUGAAGAAGGAGAGCUCGGUGAGGUACACGCGGAGGAACGACAACGUCAGGCCUUUCGAGAGUGGCGGGGAUACUUCCUUGGAGUUCUUCUCUCAAAAGACCGAUUGCGGAAUGUUUGUGUUUGGCUCUCACUCCAAGAAGCGGCCAGACAACCUCAUUCUUGGGCGAAUGUAUGAUCAUCACAUCUACGACCUUGUCGAAGUUGGGGUUGAAAAUUUCAAAUCUAUGGAGUCUUUUGUAUAUGAUAAGAAGUUGGCUCCAAAGAUGGGUUCUAAACCUUUUAUUGCAUUUGUUGGAGAAGGAUUUGAGAGCGUUGAAGAAUUGAAGCAUUUGAAGGAGGUUCUUCUUGAUUUGUUUCGAGGAGAGGUAGUGGAGAAUUUGAAUCUUGCCGGCAUAGACCGUGCUUAUGUUUGCACAGCUCUAUCUUCUAAUCGGGUCUUAUUCACGCAUUGCGCUUUGCGACUUAAGAAGUCUGGCACAAUCGUUCCAAGGAUGGAACUGGUGGAAGUUGGUCCCUCGAUGGACUUGGUAUUACGUAGGCAUCGGCUUCCUAAUGACGGUUUAAGAAAGGAGGCCAUGAAAACAGCCGCAGACAAGCCUAAAAAGAAGGAAAAGAAUGUUAGCCGGGAUGCUAUACAAGGGAAGAUCGGGAAGGUUUAUAUUCCUGAUCAACAGCUUGGAGACAUGAAUCUACCUAAUAAAGCAAAAGGAGUGAAGAGAGAGCGCCGUGAAGCUAAGAUGAACAAACAAGCGAAUGGACAUCCAACAAAAAGGCAGAAGGCAGGUUCUGACUAAUUUGUUUUACUUUUUCAUCUGUAGUCCCCUUCUUUGUGGCGAUCAUUUUUGUUUUGGUCCUGUGCCGCUAAAGAGGCGCUUGCAAUUUUGUCCUCUGUUAUAGAUGAUUAUCAGCUUUGCUCAGGUAAUUGAGUUAAUGUCAAUUGAAUCCUUCCGUCA